CAAGCAGAUUAAGGAGAGAAACCCCAGAAUUCCUCAUGCCAAUGUCUCAGGUUGUUGGGUCCUUGAUGUCCAAAAGACAGCUAAAGGAAAGUACCUACAUCUAUGCUACCCACUCCCACGGUGCCCCAGAUGCCACCCCCUCCUCAGUGUGCCCCUUGCGGGACCUGCACUGAAAUCCCAUUAGCAGCUCCGACACCCUUGGGGAAAGGGAGGGGUAGGAAAAGUCCCGAGGGGAGGAGCAAGAGCUACCAGGAUGUGAGACGUCUGUGGACAAGGCUCCCGCUCAUUGCAUGAGGGGCCUUGGGAUACUGACCGUCUGGCUGGACGCCCUUUCCGGGACGGGAUCCAUGUCAGCAUGAAGCUGAGACUUUAAAACCCUGACAAACUGGGUUUCCCAACACCCUCAAGACAUUCCUGGAUGGAUGAGAGGACCUGACACGGACCCACGCCGAAACCACCUUCUCUUUGGCCAUGGAGGAGGACGCCUUCUUUCCCCUGGCUCUGACAUCCGACUCAAGGGCCUUUAAUCAACAACUCCCAGAGCCUCCGGACCCAAGAUGUGUCUUGGAACCCCAGAACAAUCCUGAACUGGCACCUGCCCUGGUGUGUGCCCUCUGCUGCUGUUUUGGAAUCAUCUACUGCUGCUUCGGCUACCGCUGCUUCAAGGCAGUGAUGUUUCUCUCGGGCCUGCUGUCGGGAGCCCUGGUGAUCUUCCUGUUGUGCCACAAGGAGCAAGUGCUGGAGACACAGCUGAGCCUGGAGGUGAGCGCAGGCAUCGCACUGGGCAUCGGACUCCUCUGUGGCCUGGUCACCAUGCUGGUUCGCAGUGUCGGGCUCUUCCUGACUGGUCUCCUGCUAGGUCUGACCGUGGGCGCCGGGACUCUGCUGGGCACUGAGCCCAUCUACCAGCCACCUUCAGCCUGGGUGCCAGCUGGGGCGCUGGUGGGGCUGGCACUGCUGGGAGCCCUGCUCACGCUUCGGUGGCCACGUCCGUUCACAGUUCUGGGCACAGCCCUGCUGGGUGCUGCAGUGCUGGUGGCCUGUGCUGACUACUUCCUGGAGGGACUGGUGCUGGGCAGUCGGCUGGGCCAACGCCUGCAGGCACUUCCGGCCUUGCCUCCUCUCUGCUGGUAUAGCUGGGUCUUACUGGGGACCUGGCCAGCCUUGGGGGCUCUUGGGGCCCUGGCCCAGUGGAAACUCAUGGCCGAGGAACACGGAGGUCACGCCAAUGGGGUGGUGAGCCGUCAGCAAAGGCAUCUCCAGCUCCUUCGGCUCCACCAGCAAGAGGCCAAGUGGCACCGGAGCCCCCCUGGGGCGGGGCUUUGUGAGGGAGGCUGUCGGCGACAGCCGCUCCCUAGUGCCCGAAGCCCUGCCGACAGUCUGGCUCCGAGUUUUCUCCAGAGUCUUCGAGACCGCCAGCUGGGACCAGGAACCCAGGCCACAGCCCCGCAUACCACCUUGGACUUGUAUUCUGACUGCGGUUCCACUGUACCUCUCACCACACCCUCUGCCCACCCAGACCGGACCUUAAACCUCCACGGUCGCCCCUAACCCUAGUGAAGGCCUGGAGACACUCAGUGGACGGGCCCUGAGCCCAGGGGACCCGCACACAGACUCUAGGGGACCCGCACACAGACUCCCCCACCUCUUGGAUUUGGGGAUAGGAUCGGGGCUCUACCCCAGACCAGCUGUGGAGGGAUAUGUUUCUGGGACACAUAGGAAUCUGGUGGGGUCGGAAGGGGAUGGUGAGGAAUGGAAAUAGUAGCACCUACCUCUGUCCAGCAAUAGAGGUGCCCUCACACCCAAAGAAACUGACCCCCUAAUUCUCUCCAAACCAAGGAGGAUCCUUGCCCAAACAGCUUCUUAAAUGCCUGCUCCAAUGUGCCACACGGUGGUAAAACAAGGGGUCUUGUUUUUCUAGGACUUACAGAAAAUCAGGUAGCCUCCCAUGGCAUUUGAAAGCUUUUUAAUGGGGAGAGGAGUUCCAGGAUCCCCCAAUCCCCAGGUCUCCCACUAGGAGGUCACCGGGUUUCUUGUCGGCCUUUUGCCCUGCACCCCAUAGGACUGAGCCCCCUUCUUCUACCUCAGUUGGGAGCACUACCCACCGUGGUGCCUCAGUUUCUCUGCUUCCCGAUCUAGGGAAGAGCACAGAACCAUGCCCGCCUCAACACCACCUCCCCCUAAAGUGGCUCCUUGUUCCAAGGAGACAGCAUUGGUUCACAUGCCAGUCUUGCCCCUUUUCCCAGAGGAUCUUGGUCUUCGGGCUGCGUGGCAGACAAGUGCCUUAUCUGCUUCUCACUGUGGAUGAUACUAAUCCUUAAUGCUGACCCACUCACUGACCCAUUCUAACUCUUCCCCUCUCUGCCUCUCCUGCCCAAGGUCUGUGUCCUGGUUCCCCAGACAACAUGAAGGAAGACAUAUCCCUCCUCUGGGCAGCAAGGCCAUGAUGGGAGGGAGGAAGACCUUGGGAACAUUGAAUAAAAUGGCAUUAAACCCUGAA